GAAAGCCAAAAUAAAUUGAAAUCGAGUAAGCUGUUCUUGGAAGAGUUCUUUUAGAAGACGAUAAAAUAAGAAAAGUGAUUUACGGUAGCCUUUGUAUAUUACUUCCGACCGCAAACUUUAUAAGACUUUACCGAUUGUUAUAUGUUUAUUGACUGGAAUUAAAAUGAAUUGGUGGGUGAACGCCACAUGUCAAUGCAAAAAAAAUCAAUACGUUAAAAUAUCAAUGAACAUUUAGAUAAACAUAUUACAAAAAAACAACAUUGAAAAAUUAUCUACUUAAAAAAACCGUCAGUUCGAUACACAGAAAAAUAAGAUCGAUUCAUGCAUACAAAAUACAAUAAUUUCCGUUUAAAACAAGUACAAAGAAAUUUUUUGAAAUUGUAUUGAAUAACAAUAAAAACUUUUGACUUGUGUUGAUCGUGCAAAAAACGUGUCAAGGUAGUUUCAUUUUUUUUCUCUUUUCGUUUCCGAACAUCUGUGAUACUUUGGCAAGUGUUUUCCAGAGUAAAUUUUAUAGGAAACAAAAAUUCAAAAAAGUGUUUCCAUUCACAGUUCCAAUUUCUUUACACUCGGAACAAAUUCUUUCAAGUGUUCCUACUUCCAUCCAUACAAGCAUAUCACUUACAGAAAUUUAUCUAUGAAUAUUGUGGUCAUACAUGAUAUGGUCCCGGACAAUGCUAUCGACAAUGUGCAUUUGAUUCUGUCGAAUUUACUGAUAUGUCACACUCAUUUUUCGGUCGAAACUGUGCGAGCAUUAGGAUGGUUGAGAACUAUUUUUAUCCAAAUUGAUAAAAAAAACAAACCAAACUGGAUGUUUGUUUUGUUGAAACUUCCAAAGCAUUCCAGAAAAAAUGUCGACUUUUCCUAUUUUAUCUUCAGAAUUCGUUGAAAAAUAAGAGUGUGAUAAGUAAAAAAAACACCGCUGACCGGCCCUUGUUUGAUAACAGAACAAAACCGAAUUACAUUUUGGCCCACCCUACUGUGCAGCAUUCUGUUUACAUUUGCACACAUGUCUUGAAACAUUUGUUAUUUUUUUUCUCUCUGUCGUUCUCUCUUUUGCCUUGAUGUCAGAACAGAAUUUGACUGCUCAUUUACUUACGAUUGUUUGACAGUGCAUAUAAAAACAACUUUAACUGUUCAGACGUUGAACAAUUUUUGAGUGUCGCUGUGAAUGAGACAGCGAGACUUUGUGUUUAAUUACACAUUGUUAGGUUCCAUUGAAUUCUUCAGUAUGACAACGUACUUUUCCCAAGAAGGCUGUUACACAUUUCAAGCGUUUUGCAUUUUGUCAGAGUUGAAAAUGAGUUUUUAGAAGAAAUUUUGAUCAAAUCUCUUCGACUCGAUGAGGAAAAAGGGGACAUUCACUUCGAUUGGUGCAUUUGCAGAAAUAAUUAUUGUAAAAAAAUGGUGUUGAUACGCUUUGCAGCGUAUUUGAUGUUGUCAUCUGUGUUUUGUCAAGUGAAAAGUGUACCGAUUUCAGGCGGAGAGCCGGUUCCAGCUGAUGAUAAAACAUUCUCAUUUGCUGUGUCCAUUCAAUAUCGAGAACGCAAUCCCACAUCCGGAAAAAUCACCUACAAACACUUUUGCGGCGGAGUUUUGUUGCAAGUGUUCAACCGAACGGGCUAUGUUAUUACGGCGUCACACUGCAUGGUUAAUAUGUAUGGUUCUGGUAAAGCCAAAGAGAUUUCGGUUGUAUUUGGUGCAAAAAACCUGAAGAAUUACAGCGGCGAACGAUAUAAUACGGUGUCAGUGUAUAAGAAGGAUUAUGAUCGAUACACGAUGGCCGGUGAUAUUUGCAUACUGAAGGUUUACUUUAGCACCUGUGAUCGUCCAAGGCUCAAUCCGAUUCGAGUGAUUCUCGAUGAAAAAACUGCUUGCAAUGAUGCAUGCUACAUCUUUGGCUAUGGUUCCGAAAAGAUAUCGGGUGAUCCGACACUGGAUUUACGCUUGGCGCCAGUCAAUAUCAUAUCAUACGAUUCAUGUUUGAAAGAGCUUGGUGCUUCGAAUGCACCCGAACGUAAUUCGGGAAUGUUUUGUGCGGUCGGUGCCAAUCCGGGUGUAGAUGCAUGUUUGGGUGACAGCGGCUCUGGAUUACUUUGCAUCCACAAAGGCAUAUUGGCAAUUGUCGGAAUUACUUCGUACGGUUUAGAUUGCGGCGUAGUUGGUAUGCCUGGCGUGUAUACGACCAUUGCCUUCACCUCCAAUGCCAACUUCAUCAAAAGCGUUGUAUCGAAAUCAGACAAUCAAUAGUUGUUG